GUAUCUUUCCGAUAAGGGAGGAGGUGGGACAAACAUGGCCGACCUGGCAGGGAACGUAAACACAGCCUGUGAUGAUGGUGUGGAAAAUCAAGGAGAAGAACCCACCGUUUUAGAUUCGGAGGCGUUCGAGGAGCUCAGCGACCGCGCAGAGCAGGACGCAGCCGGGAAGUCGCCCUCCGUGGCGGCAGAGAACAGCUGGUCGGCUCCUAUCUUCUCUUUGGCGCGGAAGGCCAGUGAAACGAUUAGCCAUGGAAUGAGCUACGCUGCUGCUCCCAGAAAGCUCUCACAUGGAUCAUCUGCGAGCUCCUCCAACGAGAAGGAGUCCGAAAAUGACACCAGCGGCUCUUCCAAGAAGAUACUACCCGUUCUGCCACCUAAAGACCCCAUGGGAAUAGAAAGAUCCAACCUGCUGAGCAUGAUGAAGCUGAGCAUCAAAGUCCUCAUCCAGUCCUCCCUGAGCCUGGGUAGGACUCUGGACUCGGAGUACCCUCCUCUGCAGCAGUUUUUUGUCGUCCUCGAGCAAUGCCUUAAGCAUGGUCUGAAAACCAAGAAAUCCUUUAUUGGUCAGAACAAGUCCAUUUGGGGGCCUCUGGAGUUGGUUGAGAAGUUGUGUCCAGAGUCUGCCAACAUUGCAACCAGUGCCAGAGAUCUACCUGGCAUUCGAACGGGUUUAGGGAGAGGGCGGGCCUGGUUGCAUUUGGCGCUCAUGCAGAAAAAAAUAGCAGACUACAUUAAAGCUCUGUUGGACCACAAAGACCUCCUGAGUGAGUUUUAUGACUCUGGAGCGAUGAUGUUAGAAGAAGAAGGCUCCGUAUUGGGUGGUUUGCUUGUGGGCCUCAACGUCAUUGAUGCAAACCUCUGCAUUAAAGGGGAGGACCUUGAUUCUCAGGUGGGAGUCAUUGACUUUUCUCUUUACCUAAAAGAUCCUGCAAGUUCUGAAACGCCAAAAGACGAUGCUAACAUGACAGCGAUAUUAGAUCAGAAGCACUACAUUGAGGAGUUGAACCGUCACCUAAGUGGAACCGUCACCGACCUUCAGGCUAAGUUGGACUCAAUAGAGAAAACCAACAGCAAGCUUGUAGAGGAGCUCACAGCAGCAACAGACAGAAUCAACUCUCUGCAGGAUGAACAGGAACAGCUGAAGAAGGAAAAUGAGUCAAUUCUGCAGUGCAGCCAGAAGAAGGAAGAGGCAGCACUUCAGGACAGUCAGGUGGAGCUGGAGACCUACAAACAGACUCGACAAGGCCUGGAUGAGAUGUACAACGUUGUGUGGCAACAGUACAAAGAGGAGAAGCGAAUUCGACAGGAGCUGCAGCGUGAGCUGGAGCUCCAGGUGGGCUUGAAGCAGGAGAUGGAGGUGGCCAUGAAGCUGCUGGAGAAGGACUCCCACGAGAAACAGGACACGCUGGCGGCCUUACGGCUCCAGCUGGAGCAAGUCAAAACGCUCAAUCUGCAGAUGUUCCACAGAGCUCAGGAAUCGGAGAGACAAGCGGAGAAAAAGCAGGAGGAAGCGGUGAAGCUGGAGCAGAGGAUGAAAGACAUGGAGAAAGCCAUGGAGGAAAUGGAGCAGAGACUGCAGAACUCUGAGUGUGAACGCAAGCAGAGUGACCAGUCGGAUGAAGACAUGAAAGUAGAACUGGAAGGAAAAGUAGAUGCUUUGCAGACACAGCUGACAGACCUGGAUACACUCAGGCUGGGUUUGGAAAAUGAGCUGCGCACUGAGAGGGAGCAGAGGCAAAGCUUGCAGAAAGCCUUGCAGCGAGAGCAGGACAACAGCUCGGAGCUCCGCACGCAGCUGCAGCAGCUGCAGGGCCUGCAUGUGGAGCUUCAGGAGUUGAAGCAAGAGAAGCAGCAGCUGCAGGAGAGGUGUGAGCAGCAGGAACAGGCCCUGCAGGAGAUGGGACUGCAUCUGAGUCAGUCCAAACUUAAAAUGGAAGACUUUAAAGAGGUCAACAAAGCCCUAAAGGGCCACGCAUGGCUGAAAGACGAUGAAGCCACUCAAUGCAAACAGUGUCAGAAGGAGUUCUCCAUCGCCAGAAGAAAGCACCACUGCAGAAACUGUGGAGACAUCUACUGCAACAGCUGUUCCAGCAAUGAGCUGGCCUUGCCCUCCUACCCUCGGCCUGUGCGGGUGUGCGACGUGUGCCACGCCCUCCUUCUGCAGAGAAGCUCUUCAACGGCUUCCUGACGACACACCACACCACAGACUUAGAUGUAACGCUAAAUAACAACCAAUCACAAAGAACUAGAGAGCUUACGGUAAAGGAGAACUGUCAAACCUGAUUUGCCGUUUCAUUUUCUGAAAUUCCCUUCAUGUUUUGAAAUCGAUAAGCUCCACGUCUUUUCAACAACACUGACACCCUCACUAUUCAGUGAAGUCCAAACACACAAUCAUGCUCCGGUUUUGUGUUGGUACACUACGGCAGUGCAGGAACGGCGCACAGCACCAUCUGAACUCCAGUUUUGGGUUUAUUUUUAAAGUGCAGACACAGAAACAUGUUCACGUCACAUUUUGUAAACGAAAGCAGCUCCAGUUCUAUGGCUAAGAGGCUCGGGUUCAGGAUCUGAUGUCUUAUUGUGGACUUGUUUAGCAAAACCAGAAGACCUGAUCGCAAAACCAAAUCUUUAAGACUGUUCGGAUUCUGCUGAUUAACUUUCAUAUCUACAAACCCUCAUUUGGUGGGUUUCCAGUGACUAGUGUAGCUUUAGUUGAUUAUGAAGCCAUUGGAUAUUCAAAUAUCCAGUUUAUUUUGCUUACGACUUUCUAAACCUUUCUACAAUGCAGAUUACAAAAACUUUAAGGCUCGUCUUUCUGCAUAAAAAUGUAUUAACUUGAGACUUAAUAUUUUAUUAAACAGUUCUGAUCAGGAUGUAAGUUUGUGUAAAUGACCGUGGAAUGUCGACAGAAACUAACGUUGAAUGUCUUUAGUUUUUGUGGCUCGUGAUGACUACGAUAAAUCGGUUUCUAUAGUUGGAGAAUUUUGAUUUAACAUUUUUACCAAUUUAUUAAAUAAACUUACAACUUGUUCUUUUUUCAAUGACAUAUUCCGGAGUACUUUUAUUCACUUUGUGCACAGAAAAUACAAAUAGAAAUUUGAAGCAGUAAAAACCUCCAUUGUAGCAAAUUGGAAAUUGGUUGCCCUGGAUACAGCCUUCAUUCACCAAAAAGAAAA